CUCGUCCGGGAUCCCCUGGGUCAGUACCCCUCGCAAGCACCUGUUGAGUGUUCCACUGCAUUGGGAAACAAUUGUGGUUAUAUUUUGAGGAAAUUGCUGUUUGUAUAAUGGCUAAUAUGUCAGGUUUGUUGGGCCCCGGCCCUGCAGCCUCUAGCUCAGGGGCCGCAGCCUCAGCCAAUGAUUGGGCAAAAGCACUGGGGCAAAUAUUGGAAAAGGUUGUGUUGUCCCAUGCUAGGUCAAACUCUUGUCGUGAGUUAAGGUUAUUUGCUGGGGCAGAGGAAUUCGAACCCUGGUUGGAGCAUACCACUGAAAUGCUGCAGGAGUGGGCUGUACCCGAUGCAGAAAAGCGAAGAUGUCUAAUAGAGAGCCUUAGUGGCCCAGCAUUAGAUGUGAUUCGCACCCUGAAGCUCAUUGACCCUGGGGUCAGUGUGAAGGACUGCCUGGAGGCCCUUGAUCAUACCUUUGGGAGUGUAGAGGGCCCUGAAGACAGUUACUGUAAGUUCCUUAAUUCCCGACAGCAAAUUGGUGAGAAGAUUUCAGCCUAUAUACAGAGGCUGAAGAGACUGCUUCAGAGAGCUGUCAUGAGGGGUGCAGUGACUGCUGAACAGAUGGAUCGGACCAGACUGGCUCAAAUUGUAAGAGGAGCUCAAUAUCAGAACUCGAUUCUACUCCAUCUCCGGCUAAGAGAACGACGGGAACAUCCCCCAAGUUAUUCCCAGCUGAUAAAGGAGGUCAGAGAAGAGGAAGAAAGGCAGGCUGCCAGCGAGUUUUGGGAAGCCCAAACGUUGGAGCCAGCCGGCACAACACCACUGCAAACGGCCAGUGUACUGAUGGUGAGCACCACAGAGGAACUUGCCCAACAAGUGCAGGUCCUGACAGAACGGAUAGCUGAACUGCAAAACACCAUUGACCGAGCUAAGACUUCCGGGAAUAAGGAGCCUCUGACUGUGGCGAUGGAGAAGUCAGCAUUUAGAGCCACCAUCCCAUCUGGGCGAAGGGGGAAAGGACAAUUCUUCUGCUACCGAUGUGGUCAGGAUGGACACAGUGCUGCCAAGUGCCAUAAUGAAGAAAACCCCUCCUUAGUAUAUGGGAAGCUGAGGAUCAGUUGGGAGAGAUCCGGGACCAACUCCAGUCUCUUCAAGGUGCUCGCGGAUUACUGCAGACGACGGGCUGGGGACCAGUAUCUGAAUACCCUGAUGAUCCAUACGCUUUGUGCUGAAGCCUAUAGGAAGAUUGAGGGUGCUAAAAAGGAGACAUCUGAGCUACUGAUUGGGGCGCUGAAGUACAUGGGCGCAACCCCCUUAGUAGUGCCUGCAAGGACGGAGCAAGAAGUGCUUGUCAUGAGUACUCGGCUGAAAGGCAGUAAAGGGGCAUUAGCAAUGGUAGAGCAGCCAGUUGAAGGAGAGCUCCCGGAAGGAGUGCUGGUCCCCAGUGGAGUCAUAACCCUACCUGCUGAAGCCCAGGAAAAUGUGACUAUACUGAUUGCUAAUGAAACGAGUCGAGAUGUUGUUGUGAAGCAAGGACAAAAGAUAGCGGAUCUCUUUGAGCCUGAAUCAAUUGUAAAACCCCAGGAGAGAUCUAGGAGGAUUGCCCUCUCCGAGAUGGAAGAUGUGCGACAACAUCUUCAGGAGCUGGCUGCGAAUGGCAUCAUUACAGAGUCCCGCAGCCCAUACGCCUCACCCAUUGUGGUGGUCCGUAAAAAGAAUGGGAAAAUCCGGAUGUGUAUUGACUACCGCACCCUAAACCGCCGUACUGUGGUUGACCAGUACACAAUGCCCGAGUCCAAGAUGCCUUAG